AUGGCCGAGCGUCUAGAGACUUGGGAUCUGGGCACAAGUGAGGACAUCAGUGUUGGUGAUGUAGUCAUUCCACUUGAUGAGAUACAUCUCAAGCUCCUCAUGUUGUGUCAGUGCCGUCUCUCUGAGGAAGAUUGUGGUGCUGUUGUAUCGGCUCUGAGAACAAACCCCUCACACCUCAAGGAGCUGGACCUGAGUGAGAACACGAUUGGAGACUCAGGAGUGAAGGAGCUCUCUGAUCUACUGCACAACUCAAACUGCACUCUGGAGAAACUGAAGCUGAGUAACUGCAGUAUUACAGUGCGCGGCUGUACUGAUCUGAUAUCAGCUCUUACUUCAAACCCUUCACACCUGACAGAGCUGGACCUGAGUGAGAACACACUGGGAAAUCCAGGAGUGACUCAGAUCUCUACUCUACUAAAGAGCUCAUCCGGCUAUUUCCAGACGCUUCGACUUUCAGACUGUAAUAUAACAGAGAAAGGAUACACUGAUCUGGCUGAAGCUCUGAAGUCACAGCACUCAUCACACCUGAGAGAGCUGGAUCUCAGAGGGAACGACCCUGGAGCAUCAGGAAUGAAGGAGUUUAGGAAUUUGCUGAAUGAUGGAAAAUGUACACUGAGGUGA